UCAGCUAUUCAAAUGACAUCCCUCAGAUAGACAAGUGCAGUUUUGAUCUUUUUUCGGUGAUAAUUGUAAAAAAAAUAAAAGUCCGUGAAAAAAGAUAAAUAACAAUAAAAGUACAUAUAUAAAUACGUAUAUUUAUAAAUGUUAACAAUAUUUCUACGCAAUGUCGCCAAUGUCCGACAAAGAACUUCCAUCAGGCUUGGAAAUGAAGCUGGUAUUAUUUCACGAAACUUGCACAUUACCUCACAAAAACGCUGCAAUCAACUUCCACAUUUGUCGCCAUACGAUGUUAAUAUGAUGUUAAGAGAAAAUGAAUUUGUUUACACAUUCACCGAUGAAAAAAGUACUAUUUUGAGUUAUGAAUCAAAUCAAUUGGCCUCCAAUUCUCCCUGUGAAGAUACCCGAACAGAAGCCAGUUUUAAUCAUAAGCCAGGUUUCAUUUGUGGUGUCUUUGAUGGUCAUGCUGGUCCUGCCUGUUCUCAGGUCAUUAGUAAACGUUUGUUACGCUACAUAGCCGCCUCAUUAGUAGAUCGUAAGAUUUUAAAAGAACAAAUUGAAAGAGGUUGCAACAGCCAAUCGUUUUUGAAGUGCCAUAAUGAUAAGGUGGAUUUCGUAAAAGAAAUCAAAGACAUUUAUGAAGAGAGCUUUGCCAAAUAUGUGGACACAUUAUCCAGUCGGGAUCCAACCGAUCGUUCUCAGGCCAUAGAAGAAGCUUUUAUGCUAUUGGAUAAGCACAUGUCAGAUGAGGCUUUAAAUAAGACAAGCAUGAUGACAAUGGCUGUGGCAAUGUCAGGUGCUGUUUGUGCGGUUGCCCACGUUGAAGAUCUCGACCUGCAUUUGGCAAGCACAGGAGAUUGCACCGCAGUUCUGGGAUCACAUUGCCCCGAAACCGGUCAAUGGACAUCAAAGAAACUAAACAAUGAACAUAACACCGAUAACCUCCAAGAAGUACAAAGAAUUUUAUCCGAACAUCCCAAAGAGGAAAGUGAAACAGCAAUACGUAAUGAUCGUUUGCUGGGUCAGCUGGCCCCAUUGCGGGCUUUAGGAGAUUUUCGCUAUAAAUGGUCCACCGAAAUUAUGAACAAAUAUGUUGUACCCUUGUUUGGGGACCAUUUUGUGCCACCCAAUUAUCAUACACCACCAUAUUUAACGGCGCGACCUGAUGUACAUCAUCAUCGUCUAACGGUGAAUGACAAAUUUGUUGUGAUCGGUAGUGAUGGUUUAUGGGAUUUUCUGUCUCCAUCACAAGUGGUUAAACUUGUGGCGGAACAUUUAAAUUCAAAGAGGAUAAUGGAACCAAUUAAAUUGCCCGAAAAUGAUGUGACGUUACAGUCCAUAUCAGAUAUGUUGGCUGAGAGAAAGGCUGGCCGCAAACGCAAACCUUUGGAUCAAAAUUCCGCAACGCAUCUCAUACGUCAUGCUUUGGGCGGCACCGAUUAUGGUGUUGAACAUUCGAAAAUUUCCUACUAUCUUUCUCUACCUCAGGAUGCUGUGCGCUAUUAUCGAGAUGACAUCACCAUAACAGUUAUUUAUUUCAACACAGAUCGUAUUAAAUCCUUAAGUUCUAGUUCAUAAUUUCUAUUAUGCCUCAUCGUCUGUCCAAGCAUAUUUGCCUAAUUACUCAUUGUUUUGUUUCUUUUUAAUCUCUUAACAUCGUAAAACUUAAAAUUGUAUAUUGUUUAAUUAGUUAUUUUUUGCCAAAUAUUAAGUCAAUUUUGUGUUCCUCAAUACUAAAAUCAACAGUAUCGUGUUCGAUAAUUUAAUAGCACUUUUACAAAGUAUUUCAUUACAAGAUUCAUGCUGCAUACAUUUGCAUUUUUGUGUUUAUACUUAUGUUGUUAAUUGGAAAUGAAAUCUAUUGCAGCUAUACAUAUGUGUUUCGUGUGACUAUUCUGAAAUGAUGAAAUUUUGAAAUUGUUUUUAGUCAAUUGCCAUAAAGAAAUAAACUUUUUAUGAAUGUGAUUAGCUGAUAA